CUGACCCGAAAGCCACGUUCGUCAAGGAACCUUCCCUUCUGCUUGCUAGCUUCUUCCUCUCGGUCCAAAAGCCCAGACUUUCUCCUCUUCUUCCAUCUCGUUUCGGUCGGUAUACAGCGCAUUGUUCGGCCAUGUUGUGACGCUUGGUCGCAGGAAAUGGGGAUGGCACUCAGGACGGUGUGGAAGCUACACGGCAGCCGCCGUAGACCGUGCGUUCGGGGUUUAUGGAGAGGCCACGCCUCGAUCUCGGGCAAGUCCGUGCUGGGCGUGGCGGCGGGAGACGGCGAGUUGAGGGUGUUCGUCGUCGCAGGGGAGGUUUCGGGGGACACCAUAGCUUCUCGCCUCAUGGCCUCUCUCAAGACUCUGUCUCCUUUUCCGGUUCGUUUCGCCGGCGUCGGAGGGUCGAUGAUGUAUAAACAGGGAUUGAAAAGCCUGUUUCCUAUGGAGGAUAUUUCAGUGAUGGGUAUCUGGGAGCUAAUGCCUCAUUUGGGUAAAAUCAGAGUGAAAUUGAAGGAAACAGUGGAUGCUGCUCUUCUGUUUCAGCCUCACGUUGUGGUGACAGUGGAUUCCAAGGGUUUCUCUUUCCGUCUCCUGAAGCUGCUGAGGGCUAGAUAUUAUCAGCAAUAUGCAGACGGCCCUGUUCACUUCCAUUAUGUUGCCCCUUCAUUUUGGGCAUGGAAAGGGGGUGAGGCAAGACUAAAGAACCUUGCUAAGUUUGUGGACCACAUUUUCUGUAUACUCCCAAAUGAGGCCGAAGUUUGCGAGUCGAAUGGUCUGUCAGCGAAUUUCGUGGGUCACCCUAUAUUAGAAGAUGCCUUGGAGUUGAAUCAGGGAGAAGAUGCUUCAAGAAUAUGGAAAUUGGCUGGGAGUAGGGAAAACUUUUGGUCCAAAUACCGAGUACCUUCAGGAGGUACAAUCAUUAGCUUGCUCCCUGGAAGUAGACUGCAAGAGGUUGCACGGAUGCUUCCGAUCUUUGUGAAGACUGUUAAAAUGCUGAAAUCAUCCAUCUCGGAUCUAUUAACAGUAGUUCAUGUGGCACCUAAUCAGCAUGUAGAGGACUACGUGGAUGGAUUUGUCAGGAAGUGGCCAGUGCCUGUCAUAUUGAUUCCAGGAGGAGAAACACAGCCAAAAUAUGAGGCUUUAAGUGCAAGCAGAGUUGCUUUGUGUACUUCUGGCACCGUCGCUGUAGAGAUGCAAAUUGCGCGGCUACCAUGUGUUGUUGCUUACCGAGCUCAUUUUCUAACGGAGUUGUUCAUUCGCCAUAAGGCAAAGAUACCAUACAUCUCUCUCCCCAAUAUCCUUUUGAAUACAAGCGUCAUUCCAGAAGCUUUGUUUCAACAAUGUACACCUGAGAAACUGACCUCGUUGCUCAUGGAACUAAUCCAUGAUGAAGGGCUUCGUGAAAAACAAGUUCUUGCUGCGCCGGAGGUUAUGAAGCUUCUAUGGCCUCCGGAAAAAUUAGCGAAGGGAGCGCAACAGGAAUCAAGCGGCAAGUGUUUGUAUGGCAGCCCAAGUAUGAUAGCUGCAUCAACCAUCCUAUACUACGUGAAGACAACAUCAAUAUGAUGAAAACCGUGUAUAGAGGGGAAAAAAAGGACAGAAGCAUCUAUAGUGGUCGUGGCAUGGAGUAUGAUCCGAUCCCAUCUCGCUUUAAUCAGUGGAAGUUGGGAACCUUUGUCAACCAUAUCCUGUCGGAUGCUGGUCCUUCCCAAUGCAAGGUAUAUUGGAUGAAACACACAUACAGUACAGAUGAAACUGUUAGUUUGAUUAGUUUGGGACUCACGCUGAUCAAUUAGAGUUGUGGACAAGAUUUAUUUGAAGAGAUUAAGAUCACGAAAUAUGGCCCGACUUUAUUUAAUCUAUGAAAGAUACUGGUUGAGUUGAACUGAUCUGAGUCAGAGAACGUUAGGAGGAGCAUCCUCAAAAAAUCGGCAACAAGAUUGAUUGUUACAGUAGACUUUAGCAGUAGGAAUUCUCUGCUUUGAUGGAUUUCAUUUUUAUACCUUAUGAUGUAUUCUAUGCUAAAUUUUAUAUAAUAAAUUGGAGUAUUUCUACGGAGGAUAGCCACGCUGACACAUGGCGCUUCUUGCUUGGCCUGAAACCUCUGUUCAUGUUCUAGUAUCAUUGACCAGCUGCUUAUUUGUUUUACAUGUUUUAGGCUUGCGAUGUGUACUUUUGACCUUUUUUACACGCCUUGAGCUAUAUGCAACAGCGAUGUGUCGGCCUAACUGCAGUUUUAAGCACGUUCAGCCCUCGAGCAUUUGCAUAUGCUAAUUGUUGUGAUCCACCGUAAAACCGAGAUCGAGCAAAAAAGCAUGGAGAAGGCAUGAAAAAUUCCGAAAUAAGAUGCAUUGAUCUCUUCACUACUUAUGGUGAUGCCCGGUGCUUCACCUGCGUGCACUCACAUUUUUGUGGUCGAUUCACACUGCGAUAUGAAUCUUAUUCUUUUUAAUCGUUUCAUCGAUUCAGCAGCAACGUGCUUAAUACCAAAUGCAACAGAAGAAAGGCAAGACAAACGAAGAAUAACCAAGAAAAAUUUGUAAAUGUCAAGAUGGAGAGGUUACAGUCUUUCCAUUUUCAGCUUCAGAGUUCUCCGCAAGACUUGCUCAAACUUUUGCCUAAAGCCUCAAUGCCACAGAAAGCUCCAAGUCCAUAAAUAGCACAGAAAUGUGGCCCAUCUAUUUAAACACAUUCUCCAUAGUCCUUCCACAACCAAAAUCGAUACACAAGUUCUUAUCUGAUCAUGGCCACUAUGCCCAGAAUAAUAGUUCUUCUUGCCCUCCUGUCUCUCAUGCUCUUCUCGUGCUCUAGUGCCGAGGCUGUGGACACCGGUUCCGCUGGGGAUGCUGAUGGCGUUUCGCGCCAAUGCGGAGGUGACCGCCUGUGCGAAGUGUCGGCUUCGAGCCCAGUUCAGACAGGCCAAGAUGGAGGGAACGGCGCGGCGGACGACGGCACUGACACAAUGAAUCAAGAGGACGGCAGCGCCAGAGAUGCGGAGGUGAUCAACGCAGCGCCGACUAAUGCCCCAACCACCGACGAGCCGGAGGUGCCCAGUAUAGAGUCGGAGUUGAUUGUUUUGGGGCAUUGAGCAAGGCUUUUAUCCUUGUGACAAUGUUUCGAUUUGUAUUGGGGUGAUUCUUCUUCUUCUUGUUCUUGUUUUAUCUUUCUCCUUUCAAAUUUUCGUGUUCAUUCUUAGCCAAUAAUCGAUUCAGUUCGGAUGAUGCCUUAUCCUGUUCA